UUACCGUAUAUUACUUCGCAUUGGCAGAGAUCUGGCAUCGGAUUCGUUGUCCACAGUCCGUAUAUGUCCAGGUAAAUUAGACUUCAGACGUCCCAGUGGUGGCGGACGGAGCUUCUCCCCGUGACAAAAGGUCUAGAGCCAUUUCUUUCACAUCUAUUUUUCUACUUUAGCACCGUGCUGGACGUGUCUACCACCGAGGAUAUAUGUUCGGUAAAGGUGCGAAGCGGAAGCUGGACGAGGAUGAAGAGGGGCUGGAAGGCAAAACGGCGGAGGCGUCGCUGGCGGGAGGGGGGCUAGGUGUCGCUCCUGAGGGUCUCUCUAAAGUGUCGUACACCCUGCAGAGACAGACCAUCUUCAACAUCUCCCUGAUGAAGCUGUACAGCCAGCGGCCGCUCGGCGAGCCCAGCCUGGAGCGGCGGGUCCUCAUCAACAACAUGCUGCGCCGCAUCCAGGACGAGCUGAAGCAGGAAGGCUCCCUGCGGCCGCUGCUCCUCCCGCCCUCACCACCGCCCGACGACCCCAUGGAUGAGGGAUUCCGCGAGGCUCCGCCAUCUUUUGGUGUUUUGUCACCGGCAGCGGUCACGCAGGCGUCCCAGCCAUCUGCACUGUUGAUGCCGGCGAUCGCUCCCCCGCCUUCCCCCCACCCAAUGGUGCCUCCCAGCUUCCAGGCGUCCCCAGCCGACUCCCAUCGGUUGGAGGUCUGCCUAACUCCAGCCUCUUUACUAGAGGAGGAUGGAGGAGAUUCAGCCUUUUGUUCACCCUCCCCUCCCACUCCUCCUCUGUCACCACCCCCUGUGCCCCCUCCCUCGGCACCUAUGAGCCCCAUGGCUGUCUCCUCUCUGAGCAACAUGGAAUUGGGUCCUCCUGCAGCCAUAACUAGGACAGUAGCAGCUAAUACUACGACCAUGACUACCUCCCCAGCUCCCACACCAACCACCCAGCCCUCCCAGCUAGCGACCCUGUCCCCGCCACCCCCAGGCUCAGCCAGAGACUGCAGGACCACGGGUGCUAAACCAGAGGCAGCCGCCAUUUUCCUGGCGGAGAGCCGUUCCGCUGAGCUCCGACAAACGGACCCUCAGCCAACGCUGCCCCCUGGUGGCCUCGUAGACAUUUCCUCCUCUCCUUCAUUCCCCCCCUCCUCUUCCUCGCCCUCGGGGUUCCUCUCAGACUUGGCGCUGGACGACGUCCUGUUCGCCGACAUUGACACGUCCAUGUAUGACUUUGACCCCUGCACAACGACGGGGGCCGUGGGCGUAACGGCAGGCAGCGGCCUCACCAAGCUGCCGCCGGUGGUGACUGCAGACGACCUCCUCAAAUCACUGGCGUCGCCGUACAGCGGCCCCGCCCCCCAGGUUUCAGCCAAUCAGCCUUUCAAAAUUGACCUGACAGAACUGGACCACAUCAUGGAGGUGCUGGUGGGGUCAUGACUCGAGGAAACUGAGACUCUUUAACCUGGAAAACAGACUGGAAUGAAACAUUUGGGAUCGAUUUUCCUUUUCUUUGUUUUGUUUUCUGGUUGUUGUUUUUAUGUCGUGAGUUUUUUGUUUUUUUUUAAAGGUCGGUAAUUGUAAACAUCGAAGGUGAUGUCGGUUAGUACUACUAUCAACUACUACUUCUACACAACACUGUGCAUGCACUGUGCUCGCCUUUCCAGACAUGGAAAUAAAGUAACUGGGAAACAAUAGACACAUAUAUUUGUAUAUCUAUACUUGUGAGGACUUUCAUCAACGCCCCUCAUUUCCUAAUCCCGAAUCCUCUUUCUAUUCUUUACCCCGGAUCUAAGCCUUAACCCCAAAACUAACUGUAAAUAGUGUUUUUCUGCUUCUAUUAAGCCAUCAUUGUGGGGAGAUAUUCGCCUCACAGGUACAGAAAUACAAGUAAACCCACACACACACACACACUGUAAUUAUGGCUUUUAGCAGACGAGUGCCUUUCAAAUGACCACUUAUUCUAUUCCUGUUUUUACAGUAUUUUUUAGUUUUUCUCACUUUAACAACCAAUUGAGGUCACUCCUCGUUUUUUAAUUUAUUGUAUUAUUAAGAAAGGUAAUUUUACAUGAUCAAAUGCUAAUUAUUUAAUCGUUAUUAUAUUGGAGAUGCUUUGUUUUAAUUGUAAUGCGAGCAUUUUUGUUUUAACAUAUUAGCUUUGCUGUGGGAGUAGCUCCAAAAAACAUUCAACAGGUUGUUUGCUCUUGUGCACAUCAGUUCUGCUAAUUUCCUUCAGAUUUUGUGUUAUUUUUUCCUCCUUUCGUCUUUCCCCGUCUUAUUGGUAGUCACAUCUAACUGUGCUGCUUGCUACUUUGCAUGAGGUCAGUCAUAUGAGCUGGUUAUCGCGAUCCACUUGCAGGGGAAUUCAAAUGAGCUACACCCAUGGAAAAGCAUGUUUACAUUGGAAGAAAAGUGGCUGGUGUAGGUGAGCUGGAAAGUGCAGCCAGUGCAGCGGUUCCUUCGGGUUUGAAUCAAAGCAGGGCGAGCAGUAUUACUGAGAAUUUUCUGCAUAGUAUAUUUACUUCUCCCUGUAGCUGUGUUCAUUUAUGUACUGUUUCCAGUCAUAAAUGAUUUGAACACAGAUUUUUACAGAAGUAGGAAACCGAAACCACAGUGUUAACCUGAUGGCUGCUGUUUCAGAACACUAACCCCUGACACAGGCCACCAAACCACAAAACUCCUGGUUCAUCACUACAAAUAACACACGAUAAUUUGCCGUAUCAUUUACAUAUCUUCUACUAGUUAUUGUCUAGUUAUUGACAGUGUAUGACAAGCAUUUCUGAUCAGUUUGUAGCAGCGGUCCAUAGAGAGAGAAAACAUUACUGGUAGCAAAGCGUUCAAUGAAACAAACCCAGUGAAUACGUCAGUGGCAUUUCUGUGGGGGUGGGUGGGUUCUUAGUGGGUCUCCGUGAAUCCCUUUUCAUUCGCUUUCUGGUGUUCGUUGGAAGGUUUAAUUGUAAGUCAAGCACAUACCAGUUCAUACUGUUUGUAGAGUCUUUGUUUCUUUCACUGUUUGAAUUUUUGGAGUGUUUUUUUUCCCCAUUGAAGUUAUUUAUUCAUAUUGUUUUGUCUUUUCUGUGUAAAUAUAUUUAUUUUUGUUGUGAAAUGAACAUAUGGAUUGUAAAAGUGUGUACAGAAUGUGUGGUAGGAAUGUAUUUUAGAUAGGAAUGUAUCCGAGUGUGGAAUACUGGGUUGAAGCCAAUUUUAAAAGAAAAAUAUACAUAGGUAAUUAUAUUAUCAUGUUUUAUCUGUUUGUUUGAUGCUUUGUUAUUGAUCUGUUUGUGGGGUGGUGGCCACAGCUUUUUAGAAAAAUCUUUUGUACUUGUUUUUUUUUUCCAGUUGAAGGAAAACAGUUGCAGCAAUACUUAAAAAAAAAAAAAAUCCCAUCUCCAACCCUUCGGAUGUCAAGACUCCAAAGCCUGUCACACAUGCUUCAAUGCCAAAAGUAAUGUACAUAGCUUGACAACAUUGGAGCUCCUGGGACUUCUCAAUCAGUGUUUGUCACCGGAUCGGUUUUAGCGCUGUCUGAGCUUGUGUAGGCGGACUGACCACAGUCGAGGCUGACUUCCUCUACGAAGGCUGUAUUUUACACAGACCUCAGAGCUGUGCCUUUUUCUAUGCAACAGAACACAAACGUACAGAGAGAAAUGAUCAUCUGAUCACUGUAUUGGGUCUGCAGAUAAUUUGUAAGUGUAAACACUUCCAGUGAAAAGUUUGGCCACUAAUUCUUUGAAACGAAUGACAGGUGUCCAAAUUUUGGCUGAAACUGUCUACAUAUAUAAAAAUAUAUAUAAAUGAACAGCUGUUUAUGAAUUUGAAACAGUCUUACUUUUGUAGUUUUAUAAAUAUAUAUAUAAAUAUAAAUAUAUAUAUACAAUAAACUGUAAAAAGUG